UCCGCACCAGCUCUGUGCACCAAGAGUACCUUCUCCGCACCAGGGAAGCCCCACCCACUGAAGCCAAGAUGUCCAGUAAGCGAGCCAAGGCCAAGACCACCAAGAAGCGGCCACAGCGGGCCACAUCCAAUGUCUUCGCGAUGUUUGAUCAGUCCCAGAUCCAGGAGUUUAAGGAGGCCUUCAACAUGAUCGACCAGAACCGAGAUGGCUUCAUUGACAAGGAGGACUUGCAUGACACGCUGGCCUCCCUGGGGAAGAACCCCACGGAUGAGUACUUGGAGAGCAUGAUCAGCGAGGCCCCUGGACCCAUCAACUUCACCAUGUUCCUGACCAUGUUUGGGGAGAAGCUGAACGGCACGGACCCCAAGGACGUGAUCCGCAAUGCCUUUGCCUGCUUCGACGAAGAGGCCUCAGGUUUUAUCCAUGAGGACCAUCUUCGGGAGCUGCUCACCACCAUGGGUGACCGCUUCACAGAUGAGGAAGUGGACAAGAUGUACUGUGAGGCACCCAUUGACAAGAAAGGCAACUUUAACUACGUGGAGUUCACCCGCAUCCUCAAGCACGGUGCCAAGGUCAAAGACGACUAGGCCUCCCAAGGCCCCCAUGUCCAGCCCCUGUUCCAGUCACCUGCUCCACACACACACAGUCUGCACCUGCUCAUGCCCAGGGGACCUACUCAGGGGAGCCUCCCUCUGAGGGAUUAGGGCCCAGCUCCCAGUGGAGGAAACAGGCCCAGAGAGGCAGUGCCAGGCAAGGAUCACACAGCCACUGUGAGGCAGGUGUGCCCACUGGCCCUCCAAGGAAGGAUCAUCUAGGGAUCUGGGCCAGAGGGCUGGGCCUGAAGGUGCCA